AUCAGUGUUUUCUAAUUGUGAGUUUUAUUUGCUGAAGUCACAUAUUUGAAGGGUUAUUCUUGGUUUCACUUGCCGUGUACUUAUUGGACUUUCACAUAACCAUGUUUGGCUAGAUUGGAUACUUUCCCGAGAAUCCGCUGCGAAUCCGUUAGCUGAAUCCAGUCAACUGAAAUCUUCCCACUCUCGGCUGAGCGGUAUGCCAAACAAAGGCCGAAAUAGCUACUAUAAAUAAAUAGUAAUCAUGGGAAAUAAGCAGACGACGCGUGUACAGCAAGGCAUUUGUGAAAAAGUAAUUUCCAUUGAGAGCCUGAAUGUGCGCGCACUCAUGAAUGAACUUUGCCGAGGAGCACCAGCAACAGAUGGCUGCCGAAAUGAGCGAAAAGUUUUGGCCACCUACAAGUGGAAUUCACAAGGCAUCCGCCGCAGUGCUUGUCUUCAAACGGAGCACAUGCGCACUUUCACGCACGUGGUGGACCCUGUUCGAAAUUGAGGCGGAUUGAAUUUGGCGCACUUUUCAGACGCCGUGGGCUGCUGUGGAUCCCGUUGGAGUCGCAGACCUUGGCGCCGGUUCCGCCGACUUGGCCAAGUUAGUCCUGUGCUCGGAUUCAGCUGAAACGGUCGAGGUCGCUUGUUCGCUGCGCCAACAAUUCCGUCUCCCAGUCAUCAAACGGAAAUUCAAAUCCCGAGUUUGAACCAAACAACCCGCAUUCCGAACUCGCCAAUGGCCAAAUUCUCAUUUGAAGCGCGCUGACCGUCGGUCAUUUCGCUGGUCGCUCUAUCACGCAAAUAGUUUCCCCUUGCUGGGAACAGUGCCAAAUAUUUGUAGAAAAUUGUGUGAAGGGCAGCUGCCCCUGCUUUUGAUUUGCAAACAAACAUAUCCGAGACGAGUGCUAAAAAAACAGAACAAUUGCAGUUGACUGGCAUAAAGUGCUCCCAACCGUUUGCUUAAUUCUUUCGAAUUGUUUUCAAUAGAGCGGAGAAAGGAAUCCCCUUUUGCUUCCGGCGCCAACUGGCAAAAGUCAUGCUGCAGAAGCAGCCGGGCAACCGCCCCAGCGAACUCAGUGGUCACGGCCGAACACAAUGUGCGAAAUAAAACACGGACCUGUGGCAGCACCAGCAGCAACCUCAUCGGCAUAAGCACGGAGAGCCCGACCAGGACCUGCGGCUAUCGGACGGCGGACAGGACAAGGACGGCGGAAGGAGGCAGACCCUCGGAAACGGAAGUGGCCGGAGAGAGGCCAUAAAACGGCACGCGUAGCACAGCAUUGAGACAUCUACCCCAACAUGCACGCGGCCCUAAUGGACGUGGGCCAGACGCUGGCUGGCGGGAGCAGCGCCAACGACACCGGGCUCCUGGCAACGGGAGGGGAGCAGGAGCAGGAGCAGGGUCCCGGGCUGGGGCUGGGGAUGGGGAUGGGAAUGGAGAUGGGGCAGCACAACGCCAGCGCCGACGGCGGAAUGGUGCCCUAUGUGCCCGUUCUGGACCGCCCGGAGACGUACAUUGUCACCGUGCUGUACACGCUCAUCUUCAUCGUGGGCGUUUUGGGCAACGGCACGCUGGUCAUCAUCUUCUUUCGGCACCGCUCCAUGCGCAACAUACCCAACACCUACAUCCUGUCGCUGGCGCUGGCCGAUCUGCUGGUCAUCCUGGUGUGCGUGCCCGUGGCCACGAUUGUCUACACGCAGGAGAGCUGGCCCUUCGAGCGGAACAUGUGCCGCAUCAGCGAGUUCUUCAAGGACAUCUCCAUCGGGGUGUCCGUUUUCACACUGACAGCCCUAUCCGGCGAGCGGUACUGCGCCAUCGUGAACCCCCUGCGGAAGCUUCAGACCAAGCCGCUCACCGUCUUCACGGCGGUGAUCAUCUGGAUCCUGGCCAUCCUGCUGGGCAUGCCCUCGUUCCUGGUCUCCGACAUCAAGUCCUACCCCGUGCUAACCGCCAAGGGAAACAUGACCAUCGAAGUGUGCUCCCCGUUCCGCGAUCCAGAGUAUGCGAAGUGCAUGGUGGCGGCCAAGGCUUUCAUCUACUACCUGCUGCCGCUGUCCAUCAUCGGAGCCCUCUACAUCAUGAUGGCCAAGCGGCUCCACAUGAGUGCCCGCAACAUGCCCGGCGAGCAGCAGUCCAUGCAGAGUCGCACCCAAGCCCGCGCCCGUCGUCAUGUGGCCCGGAUGGUGGUGGCCUUCGUGGUGGUGUUCUUCAUUUGCUUCUUCCCGUACCACGUGUUCGAGCUGUGGUACCACUUCUAUCCCACGGCGGAGGAAGACUUCGACGAUUUCUGGAACGUGCUGCGCAUCGUGGGAUUCUGCACGAGCUUCCUCAACUCGUGCGUCAACCCCGUGGCCCUCUACUGCGUGUCCGGGGUGUUCCGGCAGCACUUUAAUCGCUACCUUUGCUGCAUCUGCGUCAAGCGGCAGCCGCACCUGCGGCAGCACUCCACGGCCACGGGAAUGAUGGACAACACCAGCGUGAUGUCGAUGCGCCGCUCCACCUACGUGGGAGUGGGCGGUGGAAACCUGCGGGCCUCCCUGCACCGGAACAGCAAUCACGGAGUGGGCGCCGCAGGGGGAGGGCCUGGUCGGGGCAGCUUCCACCGGCAGGACUCGAUGCCCCUGCAACACGGAAACGGGCACGGAGCCGUCGCCUCCGCGGCUGGCUGCGGAUCCGGCGGACGAGCGGCGGCCGGGGGCGAGAAGAGGUGAGGCACGCUCAUUGUGGAGCUGCUGGAGGAGGAGGAGGUGGUGGUUUCCUUGCAGGCCGACGAGCAGCUCUGAGCGGAGACAAUGGGCCCGUGAUCUCACUCUGUG